AUGAUAGCCAGCGGCAUGCAUUACAGCUGGACCUCGCCGUCUCUUCCAAAACUGCAAUCCAACACUUCGACGAUUUUUGUUUCAAACGAACAAGGAUCAUGGAUGGCGGUAAUGCCAUUAUUAGGAUCAUUCCUUGGAGGGCCAAUCGUGGCGGUAGUAGUGGACUUCCUGGGAAGAAAGAAAACUUUUAUAUUAGGCUCGAUCCCAUAUUUCGCAGCGUGGAUCAUGGUGGCCUACGCUCAAUCCGUCGCAGUUAUCCAUAUAGCUAGAUUUAUGGCAGGAGCCGCUGACGGCUUCAUUUGCACCGCAGCUCCGAUGUAUAUCGGGGAGAUAUCAAGCCCGAAAAUAAGAGGAUUGCUUGGUUCCGGGAUCAGUGUUGCCCACGCGUUGGGGUUCCUGCUCAUAAACAUCGUGGGAUCCUAUUUAAGUAUAAGAAAUGCCGCUUUGGUCUCAAGCGCCAUCCCGUUGCUCGCUAUAUUAAUUUUUCUGCUGAUGCCGGAAUCACCGUAUUACUUCGUAAUGAGAAAUAAUCUUCAGUUAGCCAAGAAAAAUCUCCAAAGGCUGCGUGGGACUAACGACGUCGAGGAAGAGUUUACCAGAAUCAGUUUGGCUGUUAAACAACAGACUGAAAACAGUGGAAAAUUCUUAGACCUGUUCACUAACAAGGUGAAUAGAAAGGCGGUAUAUAUAAUGCUGAUACUAAGAGGAGCGCAACAGCUGAGCGGGACGGCAGCAAUGACAUUUUAUACGCAACAAAUAUUUAUAGAAGCGGGGAGCAAUCUUUCCUCAGAUUUAGCAUCGAUAAUAUACUUUUCCGUGCAACUGAGCCUCUCCUGUUUCUGCUCUAGCAUAGUGGAUAAAACCGGACGACGUCCGCUGCUGUUGGUUUCCAUUCUAGGCAGCGCGGCCGCUUUGAUAGUCCAGGGAACGUAUUUCUAUUUAAAAACCCAAAUCGAUGUUAGCGGUUUGACAUUCAUUCCGAUCGUGGCCUUGAUCGGCUUUGUAGUGACAUUUUCUCUAGGUCUCCAGACUAUUCCGGUGGUGAUACUGGGUGAGAUAUUUUCCGCGAAUGUUAAAGCUUUCGCUCUCUGUUUGGCCGAUAUUUAUUUUUCGAUAAUAGCGACGGUAGUGUCAAAAUUUUUCCAAAUUAUGACGGACGCGUUUGGAAUUUAUGUACCGUUUUACGCCUUCACCGGGAGCUGCGUGCUUGGUGCUGUUUUAAUUUAUUUCUUCGUACCGGAAACAAAAGGAAAAACUCUUGAGGAUAUCCAGAGACAUUUUAGAGGGAACGAUGACGGUACUGAAAAGAAAAAAGUGACUACGUGA